AUGGCGAGAGAUUUUAGUGCUCUAGUUGGUGCUGCCCAUGUUGAUGAUCCAGGUGUGGCGUUGGAGGGCUCGGGUGGCCUACUUUUGCUCGUCAUGAUUAUCAUGUCUCUCUCAAUUAUAUCAAUGCUCAUUUUUGCUUGUGCUGGUGGUUUCUCGGAAAAACCUCCGCGAACUCGCAGCAACGGUUUUGCAGCCGGAGGCGCUGGCUGCUACACCGGAGGUGGGGGUGGGGAUUGUUGUGCUUGUGCUUGUGGUGGAGGUGGAGGUGGUUGUGGAAGUUUUGGUGGAGGUGGGGGUGGGAGUGUUUGUGGUGGAGGCGGGGGUGGGACUGCUUGUGGUGGAGGUGGUUGUUGA